UUUUCAUUGAAGUACAUAUAGUAGCAUUUGAGACACAAUCGAUGCAGUUGUGUUUCAAGUGAUACUUAUAUUGUACUUUGACAGACUUUUUAUGUUUUUGUACAGAAGUACUUCAUGGAUAAGUACUGUGUAAAAAUAUGCAGAAAGUAAUAUUUUACAGCAUAUUUUGAUGCUUGUCAUUUGCAUUUGGAGUAGAAUUCAACUGCAGCAGGGCUGCACCAAAUGCAGAAAACACUGUUCAGCAAAUCUGCUGCCUUUUUUUUCUCUGCUGCUGUGCAUAAUUGAGAUACCAUCCUAUAGAAAUGCCUUUUAGGAAAUGUCUUCACCCUGUCCUGUAUUAUUCUCAUACAAAGCUGUCACUUUGAAGGAAAAUAUUUAAUUGUUACUGUAAAGAAGUGUAUACAGGCUGGUCUUAUGCAUUGCUGCAGUGCCCAGGAAAGUAAAAUGGACUAUAAGCGGCGCUUUUUGCUCGGCGGGUCCAAGCAGAAAGUGCAGCAACACCAGCAGUACCAAAUGCCUGAGCUAAGCCGGACCUUUAGCGCACCUUUGGCUUCUGCUACAUCAUCUUUGUCCUCCUCAACUGCUACAGGUGUUUGCACUCAGCAAGCCCCCAAUGCCACUCCAGUUGCAGACAUCCAGCAGGGGAUUUCCAAAUAUCUGGAUGCACUAAAUGUAUUUUGCAGAGCUAGCACUUUUCUCACAGACCUCUUCAGCAACGUUUUUAGAAACUCUCACUACUCUAAAGUGGCUAUGCAACUGAAAGACGUGCAGGAACAUGUCAUGGAAGCAGCAAGUCGUCUCACAGCAGCAAUAAAACCAGAAAUCGCAAAAAUGUUGAUGGAAUUAAGUGUUGGUGCAGCAAAUUUUAAAGAUCAAAAUGAAUUCAGUCUUCAGGACAUAGAGGUGCUCGGCCGAUGCUUUUUAACUGUGAUGCAGGUUCACUUCCAGUUCUUGUCACAGGCUUUACAGAAAGUGCAGCCUGUGGCACAGUCUUGUUUUGCUGAGACACUGGCACAAGAAAGGAGGCACACAGCUGGAUCUGAAAUCCCAAACUCAAACCCUGCAACAGAAAGUGAUGAAGCUGUAAGGUCAUGGAAAGGUGCUGCAGAGGCUACAUCUCGUUUGAGAGACAGAGGUCAUGAUGCUUGCCUUGCUGGUAUUGAGGUACAGCAGUUCUUUUGUUCACGUAGUACAUCUAUCCCUGAGCAUCACCUGAAAGAAUUCAAUAUUAAAAUUGAUAAUGCGCUGCAGGCUUACAAGCUGGCUUUGGAUAGUUUGGGCCACUGUGAAUAUGCACUGAAGGCUGGCUUCCAUCUGAAUCCCAAAGCAAUUGAAAUGUGUUUGCAUGGUUGCUGUAGUGAUGCAGAGGCUCAGCAAGCAGGAAGGCGACAGACUCCGUCUCAGCCAAUCCAGUGUGAGCUGCCCACUGUACCUGUUCAAAUUGGUUCCCAUUUCCUGAAGGGAAUAUCUUUUAAUGAGUCUGCCACAGAAAACCUGAAGUUUAAAAUGCAAACAAUGUUGCAGCUGAUUAAAGAAGCAGCAGGUCAGAAUGGAAUCACUCCAAGAGAUGACACGCCAGUAACUGAAGUCAUGAACCAGGUGUGCCCUUCCACUUGGCGAGGGGCCUGUAAAACUGCUGUGCAGUUACUGUUUGGUCAGGCUGGACUGGUUGUUGUCGACACAGCUCAAGUUGAGAACAAAGAAGCCUAUGCCCCACAGAUAAGUCUGGAAGGCUCUAAAAUUGUGGUUCAAGUGCCUUCAACAUGGUGUGUGAAAGAGGACCCUGCUACAAUGUCUUUACUGCAGAGAAGCCUUGAUCCAGAAAAGAACUUGGGACUGGUGGAUGUACUUUAUACUGCUGUGUUUGAUUUAAGCAAGUGGAAAGAAGGAAGAGAGCAAGCCUUACCAUCCAUUCAAAUCCAGUUGCAGCGGGAAAGUUCUGACUUUGGAGGUCAGGUAGAUUUACCAUCAGGUAAUGGAAGCAAAUCCUCAGGACUGCAAAAGACUUUUUCAAAGCUGACUUCUCGGUUUACUAAGAAGGUUUCCUGCCACAACUAUUCUGUUCCAAACACACCUUCAAAAAAUGGCAGUGUUGGCAGCAGCUUAGAGGAGAAGGCAAAAAUGUCCAGCAGUACAGAUAUAAGACUGCAGAGCAUUCUAAACAUUGGCAGUUUUCCCAGGACCAUGGAUGCUCAGUCCACCCACUGUACACCUAGUCAAACAGCCAAUGGGCUUUCUGUUGAUAGACGUGAAAACCUCUUUAAAGGGUGUGAUAAAGAUGAAAAGGGUAUGAAUUUGCCAAGUGAUAGAGAAAUGCAAGAUGUUAUCGACUUUCUUUCAGGAUUCAAUAUGAGCAAAUCCCAGCAAACAUCUCCACUGCCAAAAAGAAGGAAUUCUACUGCCUCUGCAUCUGCAGCAGAACAAAAAACGGUAGCAGUGCAGCAGCCACAAUCUUCAUCACAUUCUACUUUACAACUUCCACAACAGACUUUAUCUCAACAGUCACAGAAGCAACAGCAACUGCAGUUUUAUCAGCAUCUUUUGCAGCCUAUUGGACAGCAGCAGCGAGCUCCUGCCAAGUGGCCAAGUAGUUCACAGCAGCAGUCUCAAACUGUUGGUUCUGGGUUACCAUCUGUUGGUCAAAUUGGUCAGUGGAAUAACGCAGGUCUGCCUGAUCUCAGCUCAGAUUUUUACAGUUUAGGACUUGUGAGCAACUAUAUGGACAAUGUCAUGUCUGAGAUGUUAGGUCAGAAAGCACAGGGUCCCAGGAAUAAUACAUGGCCAAAUCGUGACCAGAGUGAGGGGGUCUUCGGGAUGCUGGGAGACAUACUUCCUUUUGAUCCUGCAGUUGGCUCAGAUCCAGAAUUUGCCCGGUAUGUGGCUGGGGUUAGCCAGGCUAUGCAACAAAAACGACAUGCACAACACGUUCGUCGUCCAAGCAGCACACGUUGCAACUGGCCUAAUCCUGAUGACCCUCACAGAACAUGGCCUCUUCCAGAAUAUUUCACAGAGGGCGAUGUGAUGAACAGUAGCUGGUCGGGAACCCAGUGUGACUCAGCCAGUUCCAGCGAUGAGACAUCUUCAGCAAAUGGGGACAGUUUAUUCUCCAUGUUCUCAGGGCCAGAUCUCGUUGCUGCUGUUAAACAGAGACGAAAGCACAGUAGCGGUGAGCAAGAAGCAAGCACUUUGCCAUCACCUCCUCUCUUGUCCUCUGUAGAUGAUCUUAAUCAGGAAACUAAAACCAAAACAUGGCCUCCUAAAGCUCCUUGGCAACACUCCUCCACCCUCACAAACACAUUACCCAGUCAGAGUUCUUUAUAUCAGCUGACUAAUCCAGUCAGCCAGUGGAGUGAUACAUUGCAAAUUCUGCAGUCACCAGUAUGGUCUACAAACAGUGACUGUGCUCCUUCUGCAGGGAUUUCUUCUGGUUUCAGCUAUUCGCAGCAACAGCAAGCCUGCCAGCAACAGCAAGUCUCCCAGCACAAGCCAGUGAAUAAGGGCUUUAAAUCAUUUCCUUUAAAGCAUGAGCGACGGCCAUCUUAUUUACACCAGUACUGAUCUUUUUCUUAAAAAUGGACAACCUGCAGAGAAAAUGUUUUCAUAAAGUGGUGUGCAUUUUUUGUUUUGAAUAUGAAGUGUAAUGUUCCAACUUAGUCAUUGCAUAAAAUAAGAAUGCAUUCUACCCAUAUGCCCUGCAUCAGUCAUGAAAGUGGCUUGAGAUGAAAGCAUUUGUGUGUGCUUUGUGGUAUUGAACAAGCAUACUUGUGUUAGUGUAUGCAGAGGGGCAGCCUAUAGUCUAAUUACCUAAUUGGUAAAGAAAAAAAUAUUACUCCUUUUUUUUAAAAAGAAAAUCUGCAAUUUUUGCUUUGUUUCUUAAUCACAAAGUCUCCUGGCAUACUUUUAAGACAAAUGGAUGCAGUAUUUUUAUAUCUGGCUUAUUUGGACUUUAAAAAAAUUCACUGACUUGAAGUGUAAUGUGCAACAAUAUUUCUUUAAAAUUAUUUGAACUCUGCUGGAGCACUUAAAAGUCUAAACUGCAUAGCUCAGAUGCACAGCUUGUGUACGGAUGCUUUACUGUAAAUAAUGUAGCUGGCUGAAAGUACACAGCCUCCAUUAAUAUUCUUAACCUUGGUCAUCCAAGGAAAUGGCCAUUUUGUAGCUUUAUUUGGAUUAAGUUUCUGUUUUCUCAGAAAAAAGUAUUUAAGACCACUACAUUGCAGACGCCAGAUGCUAAACUGCUAACUUUGUGUAAGUGACUUACUCCAGUGUUAAGACCCAUCUGCAGAGCAGCCUUACAUUUAAGUAAAUCACUUACACUAAGAUGAAGACUUUUAGAAUCUGACUCUUUAUUGAUAACACAGUCUAUAUUCUGAUCUUCAAAACUGUAAAAUUUAACUUUCAAACUACAUGAGUAUAGUUACCGAAAAUGAAAAAAGAAGGUCUUGUUAGUUGAAGUUAAAAAAAAAAUAAAAAUAAAAAAAGAAACAUUUUAUGAGCAGGCUCAAAUGUAAAUUUAAUAAACAGUAUAGAUAUGAAAAUGACACUAUUAAGUAUCUGACCUUUUGUGUAAUAUAGUUUGUGCCAUGUGAAAACAUAACCUGUGGAAUAUAGAAUAUUCUUCCAACCAAAGUGGGGUUGGGAAACUGAAUGGUGCUUUUGAAAACCAUGAAACAGAUGGUGAAAAAUCUGUUGAUGUCCCACUGUAUACUAAAAUUUAGGUUAGGUAGAUUCUUUAUAUAGUUAAGCUAUUUAAAAUUUUCAUAUUUCAUCCUUGAAAAAAAUUCUAACAAUUGGUUGCUUAAAAAUAAUAUUUUCUGGUAUGUAAGUAUUGACAGUAUUAAUCUUAUUUUUGUAUUUUUCUUAAAUCAUUAUACCAUUAUAAUAUAUGUUAAAUAUUAGUAAUGUUGAUAAUUAGAUGCAUUUUGACUAGUAUAAAAGUUUUUCAACCAAGAUAGCAGAAGCACAUUUAUGUUCCAUUUUUCUACAGAGUUUAAGUACAACUAUAUCUGAAAGUUACCAAAAAGAUAUAUAAACACUAAAAAAAAUAUAAACUUUGGGUGUUUUGACCCAUCCAUUUUUUCUCCUGUUUGUAUAGUGAAGGGCUGUCUUUCAGUCCAGAAUGUUACUUUUGUGCUGUUUGAGGAUGCCAAUGUUGCCUGUAUUUAUGAUAUAUUGACACCAUGUUUUCUGAAAAUUACUACUAUGUUUACAGAGAACUGUUUGCUGUAUAUAAAUCUUUUAUAGUAAUGUGCUUUGCACAAUCAUCUAGUAUUUGUUGCUUAACAAUGUCUGUGUAAAUUGUCAGAAAUGUUCUGUAUGUUCUGUCUUUCAGUUUUAAAGACCUGCAACUGUUGAUAUUUAUCUGGCUUGACAGUGAGUUUCAGUUUUCACUUCUUGUGACUGAUGUAACUUAAAGAUAUUUGGGAUUUAAAAGACCAGCUGCAUAAAUACACUGAAAAGAGAGAAAAGUUAUACCAGAUGUAAGAAAUGUAGUAACUUUUCAGUGGAGAAAAUACAUAGUGCCAACAAAAUGUGUUAUGCUGCAUUUUCUUUAUUUCAGUGAACAUGUAAAAUUAAACUUUCUGGGAAAAUUUUCAGGACCUCAUAAUUACUAUUCUUAGACAUACCCAUGGACUUGUAACUUAUUCCAGAGUGAGAAAGCUGUGAGCUUGACUUGUGUCCCUUGAUAUGUUCUCUAGUACCAUGUGUUUUAUUUGUCAGAUCUUUGUAAACGCUGAUGUAAUUAUUCAGUUUUUAGCAGCUGUACUGCACUUGGUGAAAUGUCUUGCCAUAAAAAUAUAAAGUCUUCUUUAGUUAUGCUGCCAAGUGCAAAGGGUUUGAUGUGGAGCUGACUUGUUCACUGCAUUUGCUUUUUAUGUGGAUAGUUUCAGAACUGGAAUUGUACAUUUUGUAUUUUAUUUUAAAGCUUCUGUGAGUAAACAGUUUGCUUUAUUAAAGUUUAAAUUCAAUAAUAGACCAGUUAAUAGCCUCCCAUGUAACAUUUGCUGACUCCACAAACUGACUUUUGUUGGCCUCAAUAAAAAUAAAUCAGAAUUAUAUACA